AAGUAUGGUUAUAAAUUUUAUACAACUUCAUUAAGUCCUUCAGAUUUUUCAAGCUCUAUAGUUCUGAAUAAAUGUUUCUUUCUUUAGCGGUAUGGAUUCUGUAAGUCCUACAGGGUUGGAAAUGAAGAACCAGAAGUGGAAUGUGAGAUUUAUAAAGCUCAGAACACAACUCAUCCAAUGAAACACCCUGCUCAGUCAAGAAAAGACUGUAAAUUCCAUGGCUUUCCACCCCCCCACUUUCCAGGACAUAACCUGCCUCACCCAGAACAUGCAAGCCAUGAGGACAAGGGCAGGGACAAAAGGCCUGACCGAGUGGGCCGUCCAGGACACACAAGCCAUGAGGACAGGGACAAGAGGCCUGACCGAGUGGGCCGUCCAGGACACACAAGCCAUGAGGACAGGGACAGGGACAAGAGGCCUGACCGAGGGGGCCAUCCAGGACACGCAAGCCAUGAGGACAAGGACAGGGACAAAAGGCCUGACCGAGGGGGCCAUCCAGGACACGCAAGCCAUGAGGACAAGGACAGGGACAAAAGGCCUGACCGAGGGGGCCGUCCAGGACACACAAGCCAUGAGGACAAGGACAGAGACAAAAGGCCUGACCGAGGGGGCCGUCCAAAAAAUGCGAGCCAUGAGGACAAGGGCAUGGAUAAACGGCCUGACCGAGUGGGCCGUCCAGGACACACAAGCCAUGAGGACAGGGACAAGAGGCCUGAUCGAGGGGGCCGUCCAGGACACACAAGCCAUGAGGACAAGGACAGGGACAAGAGGCCUGACCGAUGGGGCCGUCCAGGACAUGCAAGCCAUGAGGACAAGGACAGGGACAAGAGGCCUGACCGAGGGGGCCGUCCAGGACACGCAAGCCAUGAGGACAAGGACAGGGACAAAAGGCCUGAUCGAGGGGGCCGUCCAGGACAUGCAAGCCAUGAGGACAAGGGCAGGGACAAAAGGCCUGACCGAGGGGGCCGUCCAGGACACGCAAGCCAUGAGGACAAGGACAGAGACAAAAGGCCUGACCGAUGGGGCCGUCCAGAAAAUGCGAGCCAUGAGGACAAGGGCAGGGACAAAAGGCCUGACCGAGGGGGCCGUCCAGGACACGCAAGCCAUGAGGACAAGGACAGAGACAAAAGGCCUGACCGAGGGGGCCAGCCAGAAAAUGUAAGCCAUGAGGACAAAGGCAGGGACAAAAGGCCUGACCGAGGGGGCCGUCCAGGACAUGCUAGCCAUGAGGACAAGGGCAGGGAUAAAAGGCCUGACCAAGGGGGCCGUCCAGAUCAUGCAAGCAAUGAGGACAAGGGCAGAGACAAAAGGCCUGACCGAGGGGGCCGUCCAGAGCGCACAAGCAAGGAGGACAAGGAUAGGGACAAAAAGCCUGACCAAGGGGGCCGUCCAGAACACGCAAGACUUGAGGACAAGGGUAGGGACAAAAGUCCUGACCAAGGAGGCCGUCCAGAACAUGGAGGCAAUGAGGACAAGGGCAGGGACAAAAGUCCUGAACAAGGGGGCCGUCCAGAACGCACAAGCAAGGAGGACAAGGAUAGGGACAAAAAGCCUGACCAAGGGGGCCGUCCAGAACACGCAAGACAUGAGGACAAGGGUAGGGACAAAAAUCCUGACCAAGUGGGCCGUCCAGAACACGGAGGCAAUGAGGACAAGGGCAGUGACAAAAGGCCUGACCAAGGGGGCCGUCCAGAACAUGCAAGCAAUGAGGACAAGGGCAGAGACAAAAGACCUGACCGAGGGGGCCGUCCAGGACACACAAGCCAUGAGGACAAGGAGAGGGACAAGAGGCCUGACCAAGGGGGCCGUCCAGGACACGCAACCCAUGAGGACAAGAACAGGGACAAGAGGCCUGACCGAGGGGGCCGUCCAGAGCGCACAAGCAAAGAGGACAAGGAUAGGGACAAAAAGCCUGACCAAGGGGGCCGUCCAGAACACGGAGGCAAUGAGGACAAGGGCAGUGACAAAAGGCCUGACCAAGGGGGCCGUCCAGAACAUGCAAGCAAUGAGGACAAGGGCAGAGACAAAAGACCUGACCGAGGGGGCCGUCCAGAACGCGUAGGCCAUGAGGACAAGGGCAGUGACAAAAGGCCUGACCAAGGGGGCCGUCCAGAACACGCAAACAAUGAGGACAAGGGCAGAGACAAAAGGCCUGACCAAGGGGGCCGUCCAGAACAGGCAAGCAAUGAGGACAAGGGCAGAGACAAAAGGCCUGACCGAGGGGGCCAUCCAGGACAUGAAAACCUUGAAGACAAGGGCAGGGACAAAAAGCCUGACCAAGGGGGCCGUCCAGAGCGCACAAGCAAAGAGGACAAGGAUAGGGACAAAAAGCCUGACCAAGGAGGCCGUCCAGAACACGCAAGACAUGAGGACAAGGGUAGGGACAAAAGUCCUGACCAAGGGGGCCGUCCAGAACAUGGAGGCAAUGAGGACAAGGGCAGGGACAAAAGUCCUGAACAAGGGGGCCGUCCAGAACGCACAAGCAAGGAGGACAAGGAUAGGGACAAAAAGCCUGACCAAGGGGGCCGUCCAGAACACGCAAGACAUGAGGACAAGGGUAGGGACAAAAAUCCUGACCAAGUGGGCCGUCCACAACACGGAGGCAAUGAGGACAAGGGCAGGGACAAAAGGCCUGACCAAGUGGUCCGUCCAGAACACUCAGGCAAUGAGGACAAGGGCAGGGACAAAAGUCCUGACCAAGGGGGCCGUCCAGAACGCACAAGACAUGAGGACAAGGGCAGGGGGUGGACUGGCAGGGGUUGGGGGUGGGGUUACAAAAGGCCUGACCAAGGGGGCCGACCAAAACAUGCAAGCCAUGAGGACAAGGGCAGGGACAAAAGGCCUGACCGAUGGGGCCGUCCAGAACAUGCAAGCCAUGAGGACAAGGGCAGGGACAAAAGGCCUGACCGAGAGGGUCGUCCAAAACACACAAGCCAUGAAGACAAAGGCAGGGACAAAAGGCCUGAGGGCCGUCCUGAGUUCCCAUACCGUGGCUUUGUAAAAAUACCCCCCUCUAUUUAUCCAAUCUGUCCCUUCCUUCCACCAUGUCUCUGCCAGGACCCUUCAGAUCAUGUACCUCCUUCUCCUCCUCCUCCUCCUCCUCCUCCUCAGUAACUAACACUAAAAUCUGCUGAGGAUCACUUGACAUUCAAAACUGAACAACAUAAGAGUGUAAAUGCCUCCAGAAUGUUCAGUCCAAUAAAUAUUCUUUACUGA